AUGGUUUGUUAUUAAAAUGAUAGAGAGGAAGAGAAAAAUCGAUUUUGAAUUUUGAAUUUAAGAGAUGCUAUGGAAUAUGCGCAUCUAUGACUUAGGAAUAUGCGUAUCAAUGUUGAUCGCUAAUUUGAUUAAAGAACAGAAAUACGUAUUUAUACAGUUACGAAUUUCUAAUUAAAAUUUAACGUAAGACAAAUAUUUUCAUCUAGAUUCCUUUUUCAAUUUGUAUAAUAGUUAUAAAAAGAGAUUAGAAAUUUUUGGUAAAAUUGUAAAUAUUAUUUAAAGGCAAGUUGAUCCAGCGGACAUGGAAAGAGAGAAACGAAUCGUAUCCGUGAUUAUAUACAUCCUCCCUUGUAGAUAAGAAAAAUAGGAGCAAGGCAUCCGUUAAGUAGGGAACAAACGAUAUCCCGGUUUCCGGUUAAUGAAUACGUCAUCCGAUAAGAAAUUAGUCGACUUACAGUCGGCAGAUGGUAUCGAUCGUAGUUGUUAGGUUUCUUCAAAUGUUCGAGAAAAGAAAAGAGAUGAAAAAAGAAAAAUCGGAAUACUGCGAAGAGAAAGAGAUUAUGAUGAGGAGGAUUGCACGUAGGUUUGUCAAAUUGCAAGAGAGAAAGAGAGAGAGAGAGAGAGAGAGAAAUAAAGAAAGGGAGAGUAAAUAGAUAGAUAGGUGGAGAGAGAGAGAGAGAGAGAGAGAGAGAGAGAGAGAAGGAAAGAGAAAGAGAGAGAAAGAAAAUCUAGUUGAGAGGUAUACUUCUCGCGUAGUUAGGGGCGACGGAGGCUAGGGACGCCGUGCCGGCACGGUGACGCCACGAUGACGAGGUGGAGGAGAAAAGGUGGUGAUGGUGGUGGAGAUGGAGGUGGAGGUGAAAAGUAGACGGUAGUGGUGGUGGCAGUGGCGGAGAAGGCGUCGACGUAGGAUGCGUGACUUGCGCGCGGGGACUUUGGGCGAGGAUGAUAAAGGCUGCUGUUAGCUACGUCGUAGACUCUGGACGACGUCCGAGUAGGAGCCCGAAGUAGAUAGAGAAAGAGAGAAAGAGAGAAAGAGAGAGAGAGAGAGAGAGAGAGAGAGAGAGAGAGAGAGAGAGAGAGAGAGAGUAGGUCUCUGGUUUAGGGCGGGUGGCGGGAGGGUCUCACACCGUGACGAAGAGAAGGUAAAAAGGGGGAGGGAGAUUGUAGGCGGAGUGGGGUAAAUGUGGUGCGCCGACUCACUGGACGAUACGAUAUUGGGAAGGGAAAAGGCGGUAGUGGUGGUAGUGGUGGUGGUGGUGGCGGUGGUGGCAGCGGUGGUGGAGGUGGAGGUGGAAGUGGAGGUGGCGGUGGUGCCGGUGCCGGUGCCGGCUAAAGAGGGGCACAGAGGGGGAGCAAAGCCACGGGGGCGGUGGCUCCUCCGUGCUACAGCCGCCAUCAUCGUCCGUCCCAUCCUAUAGUAACCUUCCAAAGCAGUACCCGAUCUUUUCUCUCCAAUGUGUGUUAGUUGGGAGCGCGUUUACCGGUGUUCGGUGCUUCGAGUCAGCUAGUGUAAAACGGACGCUUCUGUUUCGCCCGAUCUUACCAUGCCCUAACAUCGAACAUUAAAUCCUCGCUUUUUCCCUCGUUCCUUCUCUUCUCUAUCUCUCUUUUUUUUUCCUCUCUUCUAUUUUCCCCCCUUUCCAACCUACCCUCCCAAAAGAUCUUAUUCCUUUUUUUCCUUAAACUUUAUAUACGCGAGGAAGAAAAGAAAUACCUAAAGAAGAGAAACAAGUGUAAUUAGUGGGUAGAGAGGAGGUGGAGGAAAAGAAGAAGAAGAAGAAGAAGAAGAAGGAGGAGAAGGAGAAGGGAGAGAGAAUGAAUUAAAUAAUAAAAAAAAAAAAAAAAUUCAAAAUAGAAAACAAAAAAUAAAGCUUUCCUUCUCCGUGAAAGCAAGUGAAAUCAAAUUUUAAAUAUUCAUUCUUGUGUCUAUACAUUCUCCGAUUCCCUCGAUACUCGUCCUUUUCUUUCUCGUCGUUAAAUAAAUCGCGAGUGUAAUAGUGGUGAGAUUGCUUCGAGAAGUGACAACUAAAAAAAAAAAAGAAAAGAAAAGAAAAGAAAAGAAAAGAAAAGAAAAAGAAAGAGAAAAAGAGAAGAAAAGAAAAGGGAAGAAAAUGUGAUUGUGUCUUUGAUAAACGUAAACGUUGGAUAAAUUGACAGGAAGGUGUCCAGACAGAGAGAAAAAGGUAGAGCACGGGGUGGAGAAACGCAAAGGCGAGUUCAAUCUAGAAGGAUGUGGAUGCGAUCGAUUGGACAUCGCGUAAAACCAAAUAGUGGAAUGGUAGAUUGAGAUACAUAGAUAGAUAGUGAUAGAUAGACAGACAGACACAGAGAGAGAGAGAGAGAGAGAGAGAGAGAGAAAGAGAGAGAGAGAGAGAGAGAGAGAAAGAGAUAGAGAACCAAUAAGAUUUUCAAGCUCGGUGCGAAGGUCAGCACCUGAGAGAAGCGGAAAAGCGUCACGCGAGCGAAGCGGUGGCGUUUUCGUGCGGCGACAUCGCGUCCCGCCCAUUCGAGAUAGGUCAGACGCAAGGAACGAAGAACCAAGCGGUGGAACAAACGAACAGCAGAAUCAUUGACAUCGCGCUCCUCUUCGUCUUUCCUCUCGCUACACGACGACAGCUUCUCCUUCCUCUCUCCCCGCUCUCGCCAUCAUCCUCCUGAGAGUUACGCACGGCGCCUUUCGGAGGAUCAGCAAUCAUCUUCCACUCAUUUACAAAGCUAUCUCUUAACACCGUUAGAUCAGUCCCGUUGUAAUCAUAUAUUUCUAAAAGAAUCUUUUCUCUCUUAUCGUCGUCUUCGUCAUCGUCAUCGCCGUCGUCGUAUUCGUAGUCGUCGUCGUUGUCGUCGUCGUCGUCGUCGUCGGGAAACAUUGUGAAAAAGUAACUCGAUAGAUCGGCCUCUUUUUCGCCACCACGUGAGGCGACACCCUCCCAUUCGUCGUCGUCGUCGUCGUCGUCGUCGUCGUCGUCGUCGUCGUCAUCACCGUCGUCGCUGCCUUCGCCUUCUCCUCCUCAUUAGAUAUAAAAUAGGAGAAGAAGACGAAGACGAAGUAAAAGAAGAGAAAUUUAUUUGGAAAAUUUGUCAACAUCUUUCAAACUCGUUAGAGAAAAGGAAAAAGAAGGAAAAGAGAAAAGACAAAAAGGAAAGGGAAAGAAAAAAAGAAAGAAAGAAAGAAAGAAAGAAAGAAAUGAUUUGAUAGUUAGACGUAAAGAGAAAGAUAAGAAGAAGAAAAAAAGAAAAGAGUGAGAAAGUGAUCGAUAGUGCGCGUAGAGAACAACAUCCGGCCGGUAUAUUUCGAGUUUCGGUCUUAUUAAAUAAGUGAGAAAAACGGCGAACCCGAUAGAUAUUCCAAGUUUCGUCGGAAGUAAAGGAAUACGUGCACGAGAAUGCUGCGCUGCUGUGGCACUAAACGUCGUUGGACGAAUUCUUGAACAGACAUCGAGAUUACGUGGCCACGAAGGAAGGAAGGAUAUCGUCGUUUGGGUUGCGUCUCGCGUCCUCGUUGUCCUCGGCAACGAACAAGAGUGACACGCGCGAAACGCAAUACCGAUCGGUGCUUUCGCGAAUAUGAGCAUGACUCUUGUUCGGAACACAUACAAAGAUUGCAGCGAGGACGAAGCAGGUGGUGCGGACGUAGCGACGACGGUGACGACGGCAACCGAAGGCUGUACCGCUGAAGCCACGUCGGCCGUACUCGACGAGGAUGGCGGCGGUGGCGGCGGCGGUGGCGGUGGCGGCGGCGGCGGCGGUGGCGGUAGCGGUGGCGGUGGUGGCGGUGGUGUUGAUGGUAGUGGUGGUGGUGGUGGUGGUGGUGGUGGUGGCGGAGGUGGCGAUGAUAACGAGGGAGGAUCAACGGUCAAACGAGGAAAUGGCCAAACUUGUUCCCACUGCGGCAUACUCUUCCGGGACGCGCACGUACUUCAACUUCAUAUCGAGGACGCUCACAAGACGCUUUACUCGGUCGACAAAAAUGAUCCAAACGCUCAAUUUUCCCAAGUUUCAUGCAAAGUAUGUAAUAAGACUUUCGCUAACGUCUAUCGAUUACAAAGGCAUAUGAUCAGCCAUGACGAAAGUGCAGUACUUCGAAAAUUUAAAUGUCCCCACUGUGAGAAAGCUUUCAAAUUUAAACAUCACCUUAAGGAACAUCUUCGUAUACACAGCGGUGAAAAACCAUUUCAAUGUAACAACUGCGGAAAAAGAUUUUCACAUUCUGGCUCUUAUUCAAGUCAUAUGACUUCCAAAAAGUGCUUAAUCGUAAAUUUGAAGAAAUCGAGACAAAGCAGUAUAAGUAAUGUUGAUAAAUGCUCGAAGAAAACCCCAACGCAAUCGGUUCCUGGACGACGUGAAGAUACACUUCUUGCGGCGAACAACAAUACUUUUUUACCAAUACUGCCAAAGCUUUCUCCUUCAGAUUAUCAAGAAAUACGAGAAGGCGGAGGUAUUUACGAUGUACCAAGCCUUCUACCCCAAAUGAUGGGCUUUAGUAGUUACUUCCUUCAAUCCUCAUUGGGAAAGAUAUUAAAUCAACUGCAUUCCAAGCGACUCGAUGAAGUCGCCGAACAAUUCGAAAAUCAUCGAGAAACGAUGAGCCCAUCGACAGCGGAUUCAGAGGGUACGGAAGGUACUGAAGGGAAGGAAUCACCUGCCCCAAUUGAAUCGCAGGGUUUGGAUGUAGUACGACGUAUUUUGGAGACUGUCAAUACCUCUGUUACGAAGCAAUUAUUAGAAGCGAAUGUAAAAAAAUUGUCUACCUCACCGGCCACUAUGAAACGAGAAUUCGAAGACGAUUAUCAAGACCAGGAUAGCGAAGUAUCGAGCGAGAUGACCCAUUAUCCUGAUUGGUCAGUAACGGAUCAGUACGACUCACAAAGCGAAGGUUUGGCUGCUAAACUUGAAGAUGCUAAUCAGCCCCAUGGUAUUGCCAGGUUAACUUCCAAGAGGAAAGCCGAGGAUAGUUCCGAGCCGGAUUCCGAUGACGAAGAAGAUGGAAAUCAAACGCAUACAGAAAAUGGUAGGAGAGUGAGGGCGAGGUCAUUGAUAGACGACGAACAAUUGGCUGUUCUCAAAGGUUAUUACGCUAUUAAUCCUAGACCAAAGAAAGAAGAGAUUAUUAUGAUAGCGAAUUACAUUAAUUUUCCAACUCGUGUCGUCCAGGUUUGGUUUCAAAAUUCUCGUGCCAGAGAUCGUAGAGAAUCGAAGAUACCAGCAUUGUUACCUCUUUCAAAUCCAGCUAAUCAAACUACGAUAGAACAACCUUUGGAUUUAUCAAAGAAAGAUGUCCUUACGAUAUCGCUCGUCAAAGAUGUUGAUACCUCCAACAGAAACGUUUCUUCGCCUUGCGAACAGAAAGAGGAUAAUAAUUCUACUGUUCCAAAUCAAGAUACGGACGAUCUCGAGGAUUCGCCUCUUGUUAUAGACGAAGAAAUUACCGAUUCUAUCGAUACGAAACGUAUGCCUUCCACGGUUGACGUCUCGCAAAAGAAUCAAAAUCAUGGGAACGCAAAAAAGGAAAACGAGAAUCCAGUUCAAAUCGAACCGCCAACCACAGCAGAUACUGAACAAGGACUUUAUUUUUGUGAUCGUUGCGACAAGACUUUUUCAAAACAUAGUUCUCUCGCGAGACACAAGUAUGAACAUUCCGGGCAAAGGCCGUACAAAUGCGUGGAGUGUCCAAGAGCGUUCAAGCACAAACAUCAUCUAACUGAACAUAAGCGGUUGCACAGUGGCGAGAAACCAUUUCAGUGCUCUAAGUGCCUCAAACGCUUUUCUCACUCCGGCUCCUACAGCCAACAUAUGAAUCACCGUUACUCUUACUGUAAACCAUACAGAGAGUAAAUUUUCGAGCGUUCUUCGUCCUAUGUCCGCUUCGUUGGCCGAGUACGUACGGUUCUUACUCCAUUCAAACAGAAAAAUCGCAUUUAAAGUUUCUAAUUAAUCAAGUAUUACAUCCAUCGAUGUGUUUCUUUUUUUUUAAUUUUUUUUUUUUUUUUAUUGUUAUUAUUUUUUUUUUCUCUUCAA